UGUAAAUAUGUGGUGACUGGGAUAGUGUUGGAGAUUUUGUUAUUGUUUAUACUUAGAAGGGAGAGCUUUACAGUGACCCGUGCUUAAUUUGUCUGUUUAUGGCAUUUAAUUAAACACAGUCUAUGAAUCAGGACGGCACGCCAUUGUUUUUUAUGUUAAGAAUAAUUAUUUGUCUGAUCCAUAGCAAUAUUGCUUAUCGAGUUCACUAAGGAAAUGUCAAAAAAUUCCUCUAGUACGACGCAUUCCGAAACCCAGAUAAAAUUAGCGCAGUUACAAGUUGAAAGAAUAAAGGAUGAAGAUGAGCAAUGGAUAUCUGGAGAAGAAUUGUACACUGAAGGCAGCAGUGAUGAUGAUGAUGCUGCAUUGAGAGCAAAACGCAGGUAUGAUGAAAGACAUGCAAGAGCACCGAAAAAGAAUGUUAAAUCUUCAUCAGUUAAAGACAAAAGUGAUAUCCUUGAACAGAAGAGCUCCCCAGCAAAACAGUAUGUAGAAGCUUCACCUGCUGAGUGUGUUCAGAGUACUACUGAAACAGUAAAUACUGUUGGUAUUGCAAAUGAAAGUAAAACUUUCAAUAGUAUUGUUGUUGUCAAUGAAACUGGGGCAGUGUGUACUACUGUUGAAGUGGAUGAAACUGGAACUAUGAAUACUGUUGGUCUUGCUGUAGAUUCACAAGAUUGUUAUGAUCUUCAACAACCAAUUCCCAAUGAUAAUGAUGGCUGUGAUUUACAUGUGGAGGCUGAUGAUUCAGAAAUUUCUUGGAGGCCUAAAAGAGGUAGUAUUAAACUUCCCAAUGUAACAGUGGAAGGAAGAGUAGUAGAAUUGUUAACCAAUUCACAAAUGUAGCAUUAUUAUAUUUUUGUACUUACAGUUACUGAGCAAAGUUGUUGUGGCAUUAAUAUGGUAUUUUAAUAUAUAAAGAAUUUAUAACUCAUCAUGAAACUGAAAAUGUUUGAAAGUGAUGCAGAACACAAAAUAACAACAGAAAAAUGUCAUGCUACAAUUUGUUUUGUAUUAAAAUAAUUACACUAAUUUUUCCUUCGAUUGAAGAUUUACAUUUAUAUUCAGAUGAAAUCAGAAUAUUGUUAUUCAUGUAAGGCAAAAUACUUUUGUUAUUGACGGGUUGUCUGCUUUCGUGAAAAGUUAUGUAAAUAUUAGU